UAUGGGAGAGGAAAUCGGAUUCUUUUCUGUUACAACUAAAAACUUUACCGUUACCUUCUUUCUAAGUCAUAAAUGCUUUCGUGGGUGUCACUUAACGGACGAGUAAAAAAAUACGGCGGCAGACAAAUCGUUAAAUGAUGUCUCGCAAGAAUCUACGUUACCCUCGACGGGAAAAGAGAGACCGUCAAAUGACGAAGUUUGGCAAUUUAUUGAAGCAAGGUGGUGAGUCACCAUAAAUUAAAAACAUAAACACUACAUGUGCAGGCACGCUUAAAAACGCACAUAACCACGAGGUACUCCACUGCAACACAUUCAGGGCCUCUUUUUUUUUUCAGAGGUCUCGAGUUUGACGCCUAUAGUUGCAUUGUGCUAUUCCUGUAGUGGCCAUUUGCUGCUUCUCUGAAACGAGUAAACAGUUUCAAUCAUGAACGGAGGCAGAAGUAGAAGAGGAGGAGCAUUUUGCUCUUGUCUUGUUUGGGCACUGGCAUUUCUGUCCGGGCAUGUUCUAUCAAAUGCUCCAUCCAUGAUAAGUGCUACCAGUGUAGGAAUUAAUUAUGGACAAGUAGCAGACAACUUGCCUCCAACUGAUGAAGUAGUUGGUCUCCUACAAAGCAACAACAUUAGCAAAAUAAAACUCUACAGUGUAAAUGCGACUGUUCUCAAAGUAUUUGCAAACUCUGGUAUAGAAUUAGUUGUUGGCAUGGGAAAUGAAUAUCUUGCUAGCAUGACUGCUCUUGAUCAAGCCACUCAAUGGGUUCGGGAAAACAUCCAGGCUUAUUUGCCAGCUACAAGAAUCACAGGUAUAGCAGUGGGAAAUGAAGUGCUCACAGGAACUGACAAACAGCUAAUUGCAAACCUGCUUCCUGCAAUGAAAAACGUUCAUUCUGCCCUUGCCAGCAUUGGUGCAGACAGGAAUAUUACAAUCACCACUCCCCAUUCCCUUGCUGUGCUUGGAAACUCAUUCCCUCCAUCGUCAGGUGCCUUCAAGCCAGAUCUUACAACAUCAAUGAAGCCACUUUUAAAUUUCCUGUCCCAGAUUGGUGCUCCAUUUUUCAUAAAUGCUUAUCCAUACUUUGCAUACAAGGAUCAGCCAAAUCAGGUGUCUCUACAAUAUGUACUGUUCCAGCCAAAUGGAGGGGUGGUUGAUCCAAACAACAAUGCUCACUAUGACAACAUGUUAUAUGCACAGAUUGAUGCAGUUUACUAUGCACUUUCUGCACUAGGAUUUGCAAAUCUGGAAAUCACAGUCUCUGAAACUGGCUGGCCUUCAGCGGGUGACUCCAAUGAAGCAGGAGCAACUCCUCAGAAUGCUCAAAUCUAUAAUGGAAAUUUGAUUCAGCGAUUGGCUCUGAACCAGGGAACUCCUGCGAGACCAAAACUUGUUGUAAAGGCUUACAUAUUUGCAUUAUUCAAUGAGGAUAUGAAGGAUGGCCCAAAGUCUGAAAGAAAUUAUGGGCUUUAUAAACCAGAUGGAACCCCAACUUACAGUGUGGGACUGGCUGGAACUUUGCGUACUGGUUCUUCACCUGUUGGUUCUUCACCUGUUGGAACAUCGCCUGUUGAUUCGCCUCUAAAUUCCACAUCUUCUGCGCAAUCCCCUACUGAGUCUAACGUACCAUACUCAAUUUAUUCCUAUUCUAAGGGAAACCAUUUUGCGUCCCCUGUUGCCAUUCAUCGCGAGAUAUUGAGCGUCUGCUCUUUUUUUCUUGGUUUUCUGUUUCUUCAAUGAUCAGAAACCCAUGAGAGUGAGGUCAAAUUUUAUAUUCGCUCCAUCAGUAACUCAAAUGAUGAGAACUCAGACGAAACUCUAUGAUGGACUCAAUUUGCACACUGGUGGAAUUGAUUCAGCAUGUAGCUGCAACCAUACUAACACAUUGACAACUUGGGCUUCCUUAUGCAUCAAAGAAAACAUAUAUUAUUAAAAGGCAUGAUGCUAAUUUCACAGAUGUGAGUUUGGAAGCAUCUGCAUCAUCUCUGUAACAAGUCCGAGUAAGCUUUUUCUUAAUUAAUUGCAGUUCAUUAUUUUUUGUGCA